ACUCAGAGUAAUAGCCUCGACAGUCUACUCCGAGUAGGUUAGACAAAAUAUUGGAUAUAUAUCCGAUAACAAUAUAAAAUGGUAUUUGAGUUUUGUAUAUCGAUAAAACUAAACCUGAUCCAUAGAUGAACUGGGACACACAAGAACUUGAAUAAUUGUAACCAAUUGUGACUUAAUUUGCCGAUAUUGCCAGGGGGCGAAUCGUCAUCCUUGGUCAAUGUGUCAUCGUAACAAAAAAAGGGUAAGAUCGCCUCGAUCGGGCAAAAUCAAGCUCCGACUAAACCGUUUAAGAUGAAGGAUCAUCUGGUGUUUCGUUGAAUCGUAUACACCGAGCGUUGACUUUUCAAAGUGACUAAUGGGAUUAAAACGUCCGAGUAGAGAGAUGACAAAGUUUUAGGCAACAGGCGGACACUAAUGGGAAUAAGCAUGCUUUGGAUGGCCGUUCUAGGCGCCAUAUUGGUGUGGUAUACCGUCCCGUGCACUUGUCGUGGUUCAUUACAACGUACACCAGGUUUCCAGAUAAAUCCGAAACCUUGCAUGGUGGAUGGUCAAGAGGGCACCUGCAUGUUUGUGUACGAAUGCAUCAAGUCCGAGGGUUACCACAUAGGCAUGUGCGUCGACGCCUUCAUGUUCGGAUCUUGCUGCGCACACAACUUGACAGCAAACUCCGUCACGUCAUAUGAAGCUCAAGCGAAACCUCAAGUCCUAUACACUGCUCCUAGUCAAAGUAGCACAGUCACUAAUAAGCCAGUCGUAGCGUCGUUUAGUCAAUUUGCUAGUAGUAUAACCAAACCGCCAAGCCGUCCUCAAACGAACCAAAGGCGAAAUGAAACUGCCGUUACAGCCAGGCCAGCAUUGGUGGCGGCAUCUAUGGGCGUGAGGCCGAGUUCCUCGAGGCAACCUACUCAGCCUCCUAGACAUAGCAUCCGGCCGAUGAGCACAGAUGCCUUUUCAGCUUCCAAUAGCAUCUCGUUAGCGCAUCACCCUCGACCGGAUCGUCAAACAACCACCGAGGCCGGUUUCAUAACGUCGAUUACUGAACAAAUUUCAGUGCAUCAGCAAAAUAGUCCCGGAAACAACUGGCAGCUCACGCCGGAGUCGGAGCUUUCGAACAGGAUUAAAAAGCCGUCCACGUUCAAGCCCAAACCGAACAAACCAUCGAAAAAGCCUCUACCGAACAAUAGCAAGAAUCCGACUAAAUACCCUGCGCAAAAGCCAACAAAGUCGACCACGGAAAGGGGUCCAACGGAAAUAAUGAAGCCCAUUAUGAGCACCUUGGGAUUGGGCCACAACGGUCUUGACUUGCUGGAGGACACCUCCACUAACCCUCUCAACAAUACAAGAAUUGCUAAAGUUGGGUGCGGUACGCCUCAGAUGUUCACCCAGGCCAAGACGAGGAUCGUCGGUGGGAAGAACGCGAAUUUCGGAAGAUGGCCUUGGCAGGUUUCUGUAAGAAGAACUUCAUUCUUCGGCUUCUCGAGCACACACAGGUGCGGGGGCGCCAUAUUAAAUGAAAAUUGGAUCGCCACCGCAGGACACUGCGUUGAUGAUUUAUUGACCUCUCAGAUUAGGAUACGCGUGGGCGAAUACGACUUCUCGAGCGUGCAAGAAGAGCUGCCCUACGUUGAGAGGGCCGUCGCCAAGAAAGUGGUGCAUCCCAAGUAUAAUUUUUUCACGUACGAGUAUGACCUCGCUCUGGUGCAGCUCGACAAGCACUUGGACUUCGCACCCCACAUUUCUCCCAUUUGCCUGCCGCCAUCGGACGACCUGCUUAUCGGAGAGAACGCCACCGUUACGGGUUGGGGUCGUCUCAGCGAAGGGGGCACGCUACCCUCGGUACUUCAGGAGGUGCAGGUCCCGAUAGUCAGCAACGACCGCUGCAAAAGCAUGUUUCUCCGUGCCGGUCGUCACGAAUUCAUUCCCGAUAUUUUUUUGUGCGCCGGUCACGAAGGGGGCGGUCAAGACUCGUGCCAAGGUGAUUCGGGAGGUCCCCUUCAAGUCAAGGGCAAAAACGGACGAUAUUUCCUCGCCGGCAUCAUAUCCUGGGGCAUAGGGUGCGCGGAAGCGAAUCUGCCCGGGGUGUGUACCCGCAUAUCGAAGUUUGUGCCUUGGAUCCUGAAAAACGUCACUUAACGCACUUUACGAUGUGAUAUUAUGGAAGUAAGGGAACCGCUGAGACUGCAAUCGAGUACCGGUAUUGUAAGGCCAAACUAUAGAGACAUGUCGACUUCUAACACCAAAUCGAAAAGAACACUUAUGAAACCAAUUUUUGAGUAGACCUUUGAGUGAAACACUAACGCCCGCAGGAUUCCUGUCAUUUGCACAGUGUUAAAUAAAAAGUUUACAGGGUUUUGAUAUUGAACUCAAUUGAUAAAUAUUUAUUAGAGGUUCGUGUUAUCAUUCAUUUUAAAGUGUUUUCCAAUAAACAAAUCAUGAAAAAUUUUACCGUUCUCUACUUUGUAAUUUUUUAACAUUUGCAUUCAUCAGUCAAAAUUAACAUCUUCUAUAAAGAAAUAUUACAAAAAUUGGUUAUUUUUUGCAAAUGUGGUAACUUUAUUUCAGUUUUUUACAAUCUUUUACAAACUUUUGUUUGCUACAGCCUGAUUUAAACAAAAAUUCGUUUUAAACCCCCAAUAGAAAUCGCCAACGUUAAUGCAAAGUUAAUAUGGUUUAAACAUUUUAAAAAGAAAUAAACUUUGGUUGAUUUAAUUACAAUCCAGAGAGGUAACUCAUUCCUGUAAUUAAAUUUUUUAUUUUUACAGAUUUUUGUUAAAUUUAUUUUAUUUUAUAUCGUUAUAAUUUACAUUUCUAAAUAAAUAAGUGUUUUUGUAACUGCCCAGCAUAAAGCUUCAAGACUCAGUUAAAUGCAGUUUGCAACAUUGAACACGGCAUCAUUUUCUAUCAAACUUUCAAAUGAAAAAAAACUUGUUACUAUAAUUAACUCGAAGAAAUUUUGCCUCAUUAGUAAUAAAAAUAAAGCUGGUGAAUUUUUAAUGACAAUCGAUUUUCGUAAUAAUAAAGUUUAUUUAAACGUACCAAUGUCAAUU